AUGAGUUCUACCACAACAGGCGUGCUGUAUGCAUUAACUGUGGCCACCUCGCCGGCUAGACCGACUCCGGAGGAUGCUUCCGCAAAGAGUCACCAUGCAAAAUCUGGCUUCAGGAACCCUUGGGACUCAUGGCAAGAUGUAAACCUGAAAAUCGCUGGCGAGAUGCUCAUGCGCCGUUUGACGGGCAAAGGAAACGUCCCCGACACCACUCCUCCAACGGUCUCCGUCCACAAACCAGAAUUCCUUCCCACUCGAGAAACCCCCAACCUUCGAGCAACAUGGCUCGGUCAUGCCUGUUACUAUCUCGAGUUUCCUGGCGGCUUACGAGUUCUUUUCGAUCCUGUUCUCGAGGAACGCUGCGGGCCAUACAACCUGUUGGGUCCGAAGCGAUUCACAGACGCCCCGUGUCAAAUCAAGGAUAUCCCCAUAAUUGACGCGGUCUUUAUCUCCCACAACCACUACGAUCACCUUUCUUACCCGGGAGUUACUGAGAUCGCAAAGAGACAUCCGGACUGCCAUUUUUUCGUCCCACUAGGCAACAAGUCUUGGUUCAAGCGCUGUGGCAUUCAGAAAGUUACAGAACUGGACUGGUGGGACGAACGUGAUAUCACCGUGUCGCCUUCGCAGGACAAGGGUACCGAGGUUGAAGCGUCGGGAGAGGCUGCUUCUACAGCGCCAGAGAUCAAGGCGCGGAUCGAUUUUCUGCCCUGCCAGCACAUCACGGCCCGUACCCCAUUCGACCGGUACCAAACACUAUGGGGAUCUUGGGCAAUUGAGUCUGGGGGCAAGAAAGUAUACUUUACCGGCGACACUGGAUACCGCACCGUUCCCCUACUGCCGGAAGGCGAAGACGAUCAUGAUCCCAAGUACGGCUUCCCCGUCUGUCCUGCUUUCAAGCAGGUCGGCGAGUUUCGUGGACCGUUUGACUUGGGGCUGAUCCCCAUUGGCGCAUACGCCCCGCGCCAUAUGUUCAGUUCCGCACACGCUGACCCACACGAUGCGGUGCAUAUUUUCCAAGAUACAAAGUGCAAGAAGGCGCUGGGCAUGCACUGGGGUACCUGGGUUCUCACGGAGGAAGAUGUACUCGAACCACCUGAGAAGCUGAAAACCGCUCUGAAGAGAUUCGACUUGCCCGAGAAAGGCAUGUUUGAUGUGUGUAAUAUUGGAGAGAGCCGAGAGUUUUGA